GAACUGGAUAACUACUUUCCAAUGGCCUCCUCUUCCUCCCUGGAACUAAGGACCCUUGGCAAUGGGCCCAGGGCCCCCAAACAAACACUCUCACAAUGGACAUCAGCACCAGAAGGCAGGCCCAGCCCCUCAGCUUUACAGAAAGAGGGAAUCGAGAAUACUUGCUUUUCCGAGGAGGAGGAACAAGAGACCUGUUUCAAGAAUCAACAGGAGGCUGUGCCUGGGAGUUCAUCCUGUCCACAUGGGGAUGGCCCCUCACACCCCCAUUCCCGGAGGGACGACCUUUCUCCAAGGUCAGAAGAAGGCUUGGGGGCCGACACUGCAGGCCACUCAGUGGACUAUGGCUUCAUCUUUGCCUUGGUCUUCUUGGUGAGUGGAAUCCUGUUGGUGGUGGUAGCCUAUGCUAUUCCCCGGGAAGCCAGAGUGAAUCCAGACACAGUGUCGGCCCGGGAGAUGGAGAGAUUGGAGAUGUAUUAUGCCCGACUGGGCUCCCACUUGGACAAGUGUAUCAUUGCUGGCUUGGGCCUCCUCACCCUGGGAGGCAUGCUGCUGUCCAUCCUACUGAUGGUGUCCCUUGUCAAAGGGGAACUCUACCGGAGGAGAAACUUGGCUGUACCCAGGGGCCCUCGGAAAACCUAUGGCUCUAUAAACUUGAGAAUGAGGCAGCUUAAUGGGGAUGGGGCCCAGGCCCUGGUGGAAAAUGAAGUUGUCCAGUUGACAGAGACUCAGCCAAUCCAGCCAGACACCUUCACUUCUCUCUCUCCUCCCUCAAGCACGUAUGAUGAUGGCACAGCCUGUGGGUAG